GACCUCUCCUCCAUAUUCUUUCCCAUGGGAAAUCCGUUACCACCACGAUGCCGAAAGAAACCCAUCGAGGCCGACCCAUUAGCUGUAAAUUUUGCCGCUCUCGCAAGUUGAGAUGCAGCAGAGAAGCUCCGUGUUCAAAUUGCGUGUCCCGCGGAAUCCACUGCGAUCUACAGGACCAUGUUCGACCCUUGCCUACGACUUCAAGGGCUUCUGAAUCCGAACUCCUUGAACGCAUUCGUAAUCUAGAAAGUCUUGUGAGAGUCCAACGAUCGCAGGAGAACGGCAGCAUAGAGCUUCAUUCGGAAAGUCCUGAAACUCAGAUACAGCAGUCCAUCAGGUCGAGCUCAGUCCCCCAGAUUGAGCAUCUUGAUAAUGAUGUCGCUUGGCUUGCGAGUAUAUACAGUGGUCAAAAUCUCCCGGACAAAACUCAGUCCAACAAAAUCGUCUUCAGGAUUUGCCCAAUUCGACAGUUCAUGGAGGCCUGCCCAUAUAUUAUUCAGAGCGCAUACCUUUCUUCGGCACGCUUUGAGCCUUUAAGAUGUGUUUGGCUUCCUCAAUAUUCUGAAGCCAAGAUACUUAUCGACAAAUUCGUUCGAGAUAUUGAUCAUGUCCAUCAUGUAGUCCACACGCCCUGGCUACCAGACAUCCUCGACGAAGUGUAUCAAUGCCUCAACCAACAAGGCCAGGUCAAGCCUGGAAGCAUUUUGCUACUUCUUGGCAUAUUUGCGAGCGCGACCCAUGUGUGGGUGAACAACGAUUGUGAACAUGGACUAUUCUCCACUUGUACAGAAGCAAAUGUGCAAUCGCCAUUAUGGGUCAAAGCAGUGGAAGACGUGCUUGACAUAUCCCAUCGAACAACAUCUAUCUCUGUAGAAGGCAUACAAGGCAUUAGCCUCGCGACAUUUGUGUUAUUGAAUAUGGAAGGAUACUCUCGGAGAUGUAGAUCUUUGUUCAAUAUGGCCUUUCUGCUGGCUCGAGAACUACGAAUGCAUGUAAUUGAUCAUCCGGCGAGCGACAAGCCUUUAAACACUGUCCGAGCAGAAGUUGAACGCCGGGUUUGGUGGUAUCUGGUUGCGUCUGAAUGGUCGGUUCCGUUGAAAUUCCAGAGCAUUUCUCAGGGGAUCUACUAUUGUCACCUACGCCACAUGCUAGUGAAGAGGCCUCUUCAUAUCAAUGAUGAGGAUCUUGUCGAAGGAGGUAACUGGGUCGAAAAACCAUUAUGUCACCCAACUACCGCAUCAUAUCCAGUUCUCAGAAUCCGGCUUAGUGAGAUAGCACGCCACAUGGUCGACCGGAAUCCUGUCUUCCUGGGAAAUGCUGGUGGUCCAAGCCACGAAAUGGUCAUGGAUAUAGAUUCCGAGAUGCAGCAGCUUUGGAACGAUGUUCCCUUGUUUUUUUCCAUGUCGAAGGCAGAUCUGAUGUCGAACUAUCAGCUCGAUUCAUCGCACGCAGCUUUUAUUGUUCACCAAGGAUACAUGUUUCGAUCACUCUUUCAUGCACAAAGGUGUAUAAUCCAUUUUCCGUAUUUCACUCGUGGAUUCGUCGAGCCCGAAUAUACCUGUUCCCGAGAGUUGUGUAUCAUGUCUGCUCGUCAAGUUAUUCAAACCGAGGCAUCAUUGUCGAAGCUGGGCCUAACGGCAACAUGCUACAAGUUCCUUGCCCUUCUAGUGGCGACGUUUAUGGCUAGUAUCAUUGUACUCAUGGAUUUGUGCCACAACAAGUCACCAUCGGGACAAGAGCAACAAAAGAAGGAAAUUGCGGACGCAAUUCGAAUUCUUGAAGGGGCGAGGAAUGAAUCGGAGACUGCUGCCAAGUUCCUCGAAUCUUUGAUGCAGGUGAUGCGUAAGCACAAGGUGCUACCCUCGAAGGAUUCUGGGCCGCAGCAAGCAAGAUUGGGGACUGACAAUGAGGAGCUUCUAGAGACAUCCCUAGGAGAUAACGGUCACCUAGCUACUCCGAUGAGUUUGACUGCAGCACCUCCUGCUGUUCCAGGACCUUCAGCACAAUCAUCAAACAUAUGGUGGCCGAAUGAAUCUACUAACAUCAACAUGACCGAUGAAGCAUUUGGAAACGGGGAUUAUUUGUCGUCGUACUACAAUGAGUUGGCACAAAGUUUCGAGCAAGGUGUGGAUGUAGGGAGCUUUGACUGGAACGACAUCUUUUCGGAGCUCGACUCUUCGAUUUUGUGAAAAGACAGCGGACUGGAUGCUAUGUGAGGAAGAGGACACAGCAUCUUAUUCAAGGCUUUCCAUUGAAGAGUGCAGGAUCAGAACU